GUACACCAGGCGUUCUCCAAAGUCGUUCCCAACGCAGAGUUCUAGAUCCGGAGGAUGUUUGUGGUCAGUAGGGGCCAGACUUGAGGUUUGGAUGGAGAUUUGCAUUCCUCGCCAACAUCGAUCGAGGACUGUGAUCAAGGACGAAUUCCAGAUAAUGUUGGCUCAGGGGAUGCUCGAAGAGUGUAGCUCUCAACAUCCAGAAACACAUAAAGACGAACCGUUCCUUGCAGAUACAGAAACCAUCCUCAGCAACUCCAGCUCCAGGCAUCCAACCUUACUCUCGCUCUUCAUCUCUCGUCCUCCUCGGCAUCUCUUCCCCCUUCUCAGUCUCUGUUCCUCGCUCACUACAACAAAUCCAUCAAGAUGAAGCUCCUCGCUACUUUCACACUCUUUGGCGCAUUGGUCGCGGCCGCACCUGUUGCCGAUCCGAUCGAAGCACGUGCUACUACCAGCAGCGCAGUGAAGACUAGCAGCGCAGCAGCCACUAUCAAGACCAGCAGUGCCGUCGCAGCGGUGACCUCGAAGACCAGCAGUGCCGCUGCAGUGGUAUCUUCCAAGGCCAGCAGCGUCGUCGUGGUAGCCUCUUCCAAAGCAAGCAGCGUAGUCGUCGCAGUCUCUUCCAAGGCAAGCAGCGUAGUUGUUGCGGUCUCCUCGAAAGCCAGCAGCGCAGUCGUCACCACGUCCACGGCUGCACCGUUGCUCGGUGUCAAUGUAGGCGGGUCCUCCUCGCCCCUCGUGGGAGUGAAGCUCUCGUCCUCGACAUUGCUUGCCGUUGUAGUUGGCUCAGGAUCUACAUCUACCACGGCUGCGGCCUCCACGAUUACUGCUGCGCCCACUGGCACUGCAGCUACAGCUUCCACAGCUCUUCCGUCCACGUUCUCUGCACCAGUCCAAGGACAAGGUGUCCUAUCGCUUAACAACCUUCCUGCGAUGCCAGGCGUGAUCGACAAAACCUUCUCCGGUGUUCUCGGUGCUGCCUAUGGUCUAAUGUCCGGUGCAUGCGAUUCAUCGUACCGUUGCAACAUUACCGUUGCCGGUUCGAUUUCAAACCUUCUUGUCGAUGGCAACAACUACCAGACAGCCAGCAGUGUGGCAGCUUGGUGCGAUGGAGGACGCUGUUAUGGUGCUGCCACUGUUCCAGUGACGGCCACCGCUCCGUUCAUCAUUACUUGUGAUCAGCUUAGCGGUACGCAAGCCUGCUCUGCUACGAUCUCCGGGGCAGCAAACGCAAUCUUUACGAACGGACAGUCUGUCGAACUUUGGGGCUGGGCUACACCCGCCGGAUACUGUCAAAAUGGCGUAUGCACUGCGUCUAUUACAGCCGUUGGUGACCCAAUGUACUAGAUUCUGAGAGUGAGAAGAAUGAGUGAGUAGGGCCGACACAAGGGAGAUACAUAAUGCCAAGGAGGACGAGAGAUAUCGAGUAAUAAGCUUGUUUGGAUGCUAGUUUACUUCUUUUCCUAUAGAUGACAGCAUGAG